AUGGCGCGAAGUGCCGCGGCAGCCGCGACAGCGGACAUGCCGAUGGACCUCAGCGGAGCACUCGCCAACCUCCUCCUCGCCGCGGAGUCCGAAAGUGAACACGGUGUGCACGAUGCUCUGCAAGAGCUGAAGCUCAACUCGCGGCGCGACACGGACGGCGGGGAGGGGCCGCUCCGCGGCACCGCCAGCAUAGGUCAUCCGCCCUCGCCAAGCACGUUGCGCAGCGCCGCCUCCGCGGCAGCUGCUCCCGUGCAGAGGCGCUCGCGCUUCACUUCAGCGGGCGCGGACCUCGGCAACCGCGUUGCGGCCGCCGGCGCCCUGCAGCGGACUUCGGCAGCCCCGGAUCUCGAGCACAGCGGGAGGGCGUCCGCCUCCCGCGUGCUGACCGCGUCGGAGAGCGGCGUGCAGCGCGCUGCGGACGCGCGCGUGGCGCAGCCCAGCUCAAUGGGAGUGGGGGAGACCAAGAUGGGCUAUGUCAGGGUGUCGUCGACGCCGUUCACGAUCCGCCUGGGCGAGCUGGAGAUGAUCGGGGAGCUGUACAAGGACAUGGCGUCGUACGUCAAGGGCUUCAACGGCGUGCACAUCACCAAGGCGGUGUUCCGCGCGUACCUGCGGGAGCACUGCGUCAAGACGGCCACGGCCAAGGCGGUAGCGUCGGCGUCGCAGCAGCGCACCGGCGACGUCCGGUACACCAGGCGCACGGAGCGCGCGCGCGAAUUUCUCCGCGGGCUCGACCAGGGCAUGUUCAAGCAGCUCGACCGCAACGAGCGCGACAGCGUGUCGCUCGAGGACCUCCUGAGCGUGUUCUACCCCAAACUCCCCCGGUCGGACCUCGCGGUCAUCGCGCGCCUCGCCGCGCGCGUCCGCGCGGACCCCCCGCUCGACGAGGGCGACGUCGACGCCCUCAUGAGCCACUUCGAGGCCGAACUGAUGAAGUCGCGCCUGGACUCGAUGGGCGACGAGGUCCCGAUCUUCAUCCUGCUGCCGCGGCUCCAGCGCAAGCUGGACAAGCGGCAGAGCGCGUUCCUGAGCUACGUGGUCGAGGACGUGAUGAAGCUGGACCAGCGAGACACGCUGGAGAAGGAGGGGCUGCGAGCCAAGCUGCUCGGGGCCGUGGCGGCGUGGCGGAACUUCAAGAUGCCCGAGGAGGCCGUGAAGAAGAUCCAGGACGCCGCGCCGGAGAGGCGCGGGCGGAGCGACUCGGGCCAGUGGGUCGCGUCGAUGGCGCUGCGCUCGCGCAACCCUGUCGAGGUGCUGUCGCAGUACUCCGCAUCGCGCGGCGCGACGCGGCAGUGA